AUGGUGCGCUGGUCGAAGCUUUCGGGGGUUGAUAAGAAGACUCUGGUAGACGUCUUAGACCCGGGGCAUCUCCAAGAACUUCGCGAAGGGGAGUCGCGCCAGCUGAGGAGGGUUCCCCGCCUUGUGAAGAAGGCUGUGCGCAGGAAGAGGCGUGUGAAGGAUGUUACAAAUCUUCUUGAUCACGCGAAUGUCCUGAAGCCCGAGUUCGUCGAAGGGCUCGUCGGUCUUCUGUCUCCGGACAACGCGCCCAACAGUACGGUAUCGGGGAGAGAUUCGCCUCUUCGUGAAACGGCGAACGUCGGCCCCGCAGCGUUCACGGAGGAAGAGGAAGGGCCGCCUUUUGGUAUGCAUACCACACCCGAGGAAAUUCCCUCACCACCCGACCACCCGGGAGGUAAAGAGCUGGUGCUCUACCAGCCUCUGCCGUUCGUGAUGAUCGUCCCAGACACGGAGGGUGCUGACGGCGGCGAGUCUGGGGAUGGGGGGUCGCCCGAUCCCAAGGGAGGUCGUGAGCUGAUGCUUUACCAGCCUCUGCCGUUCGGGAUGACCGUCCCAGACACGGUGGGUGUCGACGGCGACGAGUCCCGGGAUGGGGGGUCGCGCAAUCCCAAGGGAGGUAAAAAGCUGAUGCUCUUCCAGCCCCUGCCGUUCGGGAUGACCGUCCAAGACACGGAGGGUGCUGACGGCGGCGAGUCCCGGGAUGGGGGGUCGACACGUGCGGUCGUGUCCGAUGCCAUGGGAACGUCGGCUUGGGUGCCGGAAGGCCCACCCUCGCACACAGCGGUCGUGAAUUCGGACGACGGCGCUGAAGACAAACUUCAUCCCCACCCCGAGCCUCUUCAUGCGGAGCCGGUGACGCUCGAAACUGUGCUCGACUCCGCGCAGCCGGACGACAACGGUCUUUCAUCAGCACGAGAGGUGUCUCCGGCUCUGGUUCGCUGGGACGGCAGGCGAAUCGCACAGCCGCAUCCGGCCGUGGUUGGCGUGGUCUCCGCUAUUUUUGCCGGAGCAGUAGUCCUGUUGUUAUGCCAGUGGCGCUCACGGCGGACGCGUCUUCGACAACAGGCACUGGGCCUCCCUCGACAGGACGCGCUUCGACGGGUGAUCCUCAAGGACGCGGACCGAUCGCGCCAGCGGGAGGUUUCCGUUUUCUGGCGUUGGCGGCUGGCGAGUUCGACAGGAAUUGUGGCCGACCUCCGCGCCCAAGGCGAGCGAGCGGCGGCGGAGAACGAGGCAGCCCGCGCCAUCGACCGCGAAGCCGCCCAAGGGCGACAAGAAGCGGCGGUGGGGAUGGUGACGGCAGUGGAGACGAGGAGACGUGAAUCGGCCGAGACAGCCCUCGACGAGGCCCGUGAAGCGGCAGCCGCCGACCGGGCGGAGCAGGAAGCUCGCAUGGAGGAGCAGGAAGCUCGCAUGGUGGAGCAGGAAGCUCUUAUUCACUCGACGGAGGGAUCUCUGGUGGGGACGCAGCGGGAGUUGCGUGAGACCAGGCAAGGCCUAACGGAGUCACGGGGCGUUGUUGAGGGGCUGCAGCAGCAGCUGAAGAAGGUCGAGAAGGAGGAUGCGGGCAAGGCGCGGGAGGCCACCCAGUGCUACCUUCGGCAGAGGCAGCAGGUCCGACACCUCGCGAAGGAGGUAGAGGGCAAACAGGAGGAGGUAGCGGCGACGACACGGGCGCUAACGGAGGCGAGGCGGGACGGGGGGUCUCUCCGAAGGGAGAGGGAUGGCCUGAGCGCUUCCCUCGACGCGAAAGAGGGCGCCCUCUACGCGACACAGGACCGCGUCCGGGUCGAGCGGGAGCAGGCGGCGGCCAAUGCCCGGCAGCUCAAGGGCCAGGUGGAGGAGCUGCAUGAGGCACUAACGCAGGCGCAGCGCCAGGGGGGAUCUCUCCAAAGGCAGCGGAAUGGCCUGAGGGCCGCUGUCUCCGCGAUGGAGGACGUCGCCUGGGAGGACAGGAAUCUGGCGGCAGACACCAUCCGGCGGCUGAGGACGGAGCUGGAGGCCUCGCACCUGGAAGUCACGGCGGAAGAGGCGGCCGCUGCCGGGGCGAGGGCGGAGGCGGAGGAGCUGCGGCCGCAGCUGACGGAGGCGUUGCAGGCGUUAACGGCUCUUCGAACGGAGAGGGAUGGUUUGAGGGUCACCCUCUCCGCAGCAGAGGGCCGAACGGGCCAGGCGGUGGCCAAGGUCGGGCAGCUCCAGUGCCAGGUGGAAGAGCUGCGGGCAGCGCUGGAGGCCGCGCACCUCGAAGGCACGGCGGGAGAGGCCGUCAUUGACAGGGCGAGGGUGGAGGCGGAGAAGCUGCGGAAGGAGCUGAGCGCACAGCAGCGCCUCGGCCGGCAUUAUGCGCUUGGCUGGUUGAUCCAGCGGGUCGCCCGCUCUCACCAGCGACAGAUCUCGGCCUUCUGGCGCUGGAGACUGGCGCCGGCGCCGGCUACCGCCGCAAUCCUGAGGCCGCGGGAAUGGGAGGAGAGCAUCGGGAGCGGGACUGUGGUCGCGGAGACCGCCCUCAGGAGGCGUGACGCCAGCGCUGAGCCGGCGACCGCCCGGGUCAAAGAAGAACGCCAGGAACUGCUGGACACUGGAACAGCUUCCGACACCAGUGCCACCGCCACCGCCACCGCCCCCCAAGCCGCGGUGACCACACUUGCCGCCGACCUCCGAACCCAAUCCGAGACAGCGGCGUCGGACGAGGUCGGGCAGGAGGAAGGGGAGGCCCCGCACUGCGGGACGUGGGCGGUGGCGGAUAGGGUCCAGGAUCUCGAGCGGAAGGAGGAGGAGGAGGUCCGCAGCCAGAGGGAGGACGAGAAGGCUCGCGGGAAGGAGUCGUCAAGGCAGCGGGAGGGGCUGAGGACGGCGGCGCAGGAGGACGCGAAGCAGGUGCCGAGCGGGAGGACACCCGAGGAUGCUGCUGGUGCUGGUUCUAGUGGUGCUGGUGGUGGUGCUGGGGAGACUGGGUUCGCCACGGCCAGGGGCGGAGGCGGGGCCGGCUGUGUGCCCGGUGCCACCCGGCAAACGGAGGGGGGAGAGACGGUAUUGGAGGGCUUGUCCGCGUCCAACAUGACGUCGGCGACGGGCGACUCAGAGCUCCAGGGACCGCCAUCAGCUGCCUCCUCGUCGUCGCACAUGAAUGACAUUGGCGACACGCUUCCUGGGAGAGCGGAGAACGGGUCCCACGCUGGCAUUGACGGGGACAGGGCUGGUUCCCGGCCAGAAGCCAUCCACACGUCGGAGGUCCGGUUGCCGUGCCAAGGGGAGACAGCCGAUGCAGUCCGGGACUUCUCGCCAUUCUUUCGGGACCACUUCGAUGUCACCAUCCGGCAUGUUCCCUUGGAGUCUGCAGUUUACAUCUCCGGGAAGGCUGAAGACGGGGUGGUUCACGUGGCCGCCGAGUGCUUCGAGCAUGGCCUUCGCGUUUGUCGCGAUGACGAAGUGAAGGCCGCGGAUUUCCUUCUUCUGCGAGCCCGUGUCCGCUCGGCACGUGACCCGGACGGCUCGCAGUACUUGCUGCCGUUGGAGGUCAGCAUCAAGCUGCGCAGGAGACUUCGUGAUCUGGGCGACCUGUACGGAGUUGUGAUCAACAGCGUGCCGGCGAGAUCGGUGGGGCUUGGGUCUGGAGGUGGCGGCAGCGGCGGCGGCGGUGGGCUACCAGAAUACCUUUGUUGUCCCGGGGUGGACACCGACGACAACACACAAGACCAUCGCAAGGUUGUGCAGAUCUGGGGUCUGCGGGACUGUGUUGUCGGCGCCUUUGACCGCGUGGUGGCCAGCUUGUUAGACAACAUGGAGUACGUCGUCAAGCUUGGUUCCGUGGGUGCUGACGAGCUUAAAAGACUUAGAUUCAAGGGAAAGAAUGUGAAGUAUUUCACGGAAGGGGGCGUCACAGGGGUACGGAUCUCGGGCAGACCUCACCUUUUUGCCGACGCAAAUGUCAGCACAGUCCUGCAGUCCUUGCCGGAGAGGCUGCCGGAUAAAGUGCAAUGCGUGGACAUGAAGUACACCGGCGCCAUGCGAGCGCUCAGCAGGCCCUGGGCUAUCGAUGAGAUCGCCCAAGCCAGCGGCAUCGACCAGUCGCAAGUCAGAGUCACUCCGCAGUGGCAGAACAAGUGUAUGCUGCUGCAGGUGCUGAAGCUCGGUGGCGACCGUGGGGCGAUCCAGGGGAUGUGCACCUUCCUCGAGGGCCGAGUGAAGGAGUGGCGGGGGCAACGCUUGGUCGUUACCCUUACCGCCGAAAUCAUCGAUAAGGCCCGAAAGCGUUUCUUUUCAAGCGGAAGUGCUGGCGGGUUCCACUUCUCCAGCUUUUUCGUGGCCUCACUGUCGGAGGAGAUCGGAGAGCACCUAUGGCUGGACGGCUUCCAGCUGACGGCCAGAGUCGACCCCGAUGACCGAGACAGCGCCCAGGCCAAGCUGGAGACGAUGGUAGCACAGCCUCGCUGCGAUCCGGUAUGCGUGGCCACCCUCAUUUUGGAAUAA